AUGGCGCACGCCUGGACCCGCCAGGACAAGAUCAAGCGCGGCAUCUGGGCCGCCGCCUUCGCCGCCGUCAUCGCCGUCGGCUCCCUGACGGGCGCGCAGCUCAAGUCGGACAAGCAAAAGGAAGAGACCAUCAGGCAGUUCCGCCAGACCACGGCCGCCGAACAAAUCGCCAUCCUCGAGACGCAAAAGACGCAUCUGCUGCAGCAAAAGGCGCAGCUGGAGCGCAAGCUAGACGUCUUCAAGGAGCGUGUCCGCGAGCGGGAGGCUGAAAAAAUUGCCAAGGGCAGGUAG